AUGUAUAGAUUUUUUAACAAUCAUAUAAAUAAAAUAUUUAAAAGAAAAAUAACUAAUAUUUCAUAUGGUUAUUUAAACUUAUCAAUACAUGAUAAAAUAAUCCAUUAUUUUGAAAAUUUAAAAAAAAAUAUAAUUUAUAUAAAUGAUUCAAAAAAUUGCAAAGAAUAUAUAAAUGAAAUAAAAAAGAAUUUAAAUGAAAAAUAUAAUUUUAUUGGUUUAGAUGUAGAAGGUUAUAAAAUAGGAAAACAUGGUAUAAUUAGUAUUAUUCAAAUAUGUACAGAGAACAUUUAUAUUUUUGAUUUAUAUAAGUGUGAUAAUACUUAUUUAUUUAUAAUGUAUUUAAAAGAAAUACUAGAAAAUGAAAAAAUAAUAAAAAUUACUCAUGAUUGUAGAGAAGAUUGUUCUAUAUUAUAUAAUCAAUAUAAUAUUAAUUUAAAUAAUGUUUUUGAUACCCAAGUAGCAUAUAAUUUAUUUUUAAAAAAAAAGAAAAAAGAUUUAUAUCAGAUAAGUUAUGAUGAUUUAUUAUUCAAAUGCUUACUUUUAAAUAAUAAUCAUAAAAUAUAUUUUCAUAAAAUUAUCUCCUUAGAUCCCAAAGUUUACUUAAAAAGACCAAUUUCAAAAGAAUUAAUUCAAUAUGCCAUUCAAGAUGUUUUAUAUUUAAAACCCCUUAUGUUAAUUUUAAUAGAUAAAUUAAAUAAUAUUGAUGAAAAAAAAAAUAUUUUAUUAGAUUUAAAUGAAGAAAAAAAAAAAGUAUAUAACCUAGAUUUACAUAAAAUAGAUUUAAUCAACUACGUAAUAGAUAAUAGUCAAAAAUAUAUUAAUUAUCAAUUUUUAAAUUCUCAUAUAAAAAAUGAAAAAAAAUUACAAAAAGGCAUGAUAAUUGAAGGUAUGAUUGUUUCAUGUAGUAACUUAAAAAUUUACGUUAAAUUAAAUUUAAGUAAAAAAGGAGUAAUUACUAAUUAUUUAAAUCACAAAUAUGAAAUUGGCGAUAUUGUUAAAUGCAUUAUUUUAGGUUUUUCUGGUAAUAAUUAUAUUAAUUUAGGUUUUUCUCAAUCUUCAAAUGAUAAAUUGAAUGAUUUAAAAAUUAUUAAAAACAAAUAA